GUCACCAGCUGAGCUGUGAGCCUGUGACCAUUGCAGCGCAGAGAACUGAAGCGUGGAGGCCCGAGCCCCAGUUCAGCAAACCCCGCCGCGCUUCCAAGCUCUUCCCGACUCCAGCCACCGCGCCAUGGCUUCUGCGGGGGCCAAUAGCGCGGCCUCCUCCUCGAGGGGGCCGCCCUUGCCGUUGCCCUUUCCCUUCCCCGCCGCGGCCCACUUCCCCUCCCGCGACGCCGUCCCUUUCCUGCCGCAGCACCAACACCCGCCCGCCACCCCCGACGGCGGCGAGGAGGUUGAAGAAGACGAGGGCAGCAUGGACGACGACAGCGGCGAAGAGGACGAGGCUGAGAUAGCGGAUGGAGCGGCCCACAGCUCGCAGCAGCGACGCGCCUCCUCCGCUCCAGGUAUUGCGCGGGCAGUGAUGAAUGGGGACAAUGGAGCGAGGCAUAUCCAAGAGGGGCAUCAGUGGCAGCAGCAGAGUCAUCUGUUUAACCGUGGAACCGAGCAAUAUGGGUGUACUUCGUCUGGUGGGGACGAACCUGGUACUAUCCCCAGAGAGAUGAGGGUGGAGAACGGAUACGGAGUUACUGGGAGAAGAGAGGGUGGCCCUGCAUCUAGCUAUUGGGACUUGCUGAGAUCUCAUCUCUCUGAUCCGUUGACAGGCGUUCUCAUGGAUGAUGCGAUGAUUCUAUCAUGUGGCCAUUCUUACGGAAGUGGUGGGAUGCAGCAUAUCUACAGAAUGAAAGCUUGUGGUAAAUGUGGGCAGCCAAUUACCGAGGACUCAAUUCGACCAAACUUGGCUCUUCGCCUUGCAGUUCAGGCAUUUAAACGCGAAGAAGAUUCAGCAAAGACAUUGAAAAGAAGAAGAGAGCGCCUUGAACAGGUAUACACCUUUUUUCCAGUAUAUCAAUUAUGCUUCAAAUUUUUGCAGCUAUAUGUGUUGCAUGCUCUUAAAUCCAUUUAUACUCUAUGUGAGGACAAAUGUGGCAAUGAUGAUCCAAAUCCUACUGAACCUUCUAGAGGGAAAGGUGUGCAGUUUCCUUUUUCUGUCUUUGACCGUGUCGUAAUCAAGGGAAACAAGAGGACCCCAGAACGAUUUGUGGGGUGUCAAGCAGUUGUGACAGCACAGUGCUUAAAUGGAUGGUAUGUAGUGAAGACUUUAGACAAUGCAGAGAGCGUGAAGUUGCAGUACCGUUCCUUGGCAAAGGUUGCCAAUGGUAAUGGGUCUCCUACUAUGGCCUCAAGCAACGCCCAAAAUGCAAGCUGGUUAUAAGGUUGGCAAACGUCUUCGGCACCUUACUAAGCACCCUCACUCGGGCAUUCAGGCAGUUGCUACAGACCUUUUUGGGUACUGGAAAAAGGUUGUUCUUGAAGAGACAGGAAAGAAAAAUGGCAGCUCAGAGAAUGAGAGAUCAAGUGAUUCUUCAGGGAAGAUUGAGAAGGCGAGGCCUGUGAAGAUUGAAAGAAAUUCUUCAUCAUCAAGCAUGAAGGUUGAAAGAUCAAGUGAUUCUUCAGGGAAGAUUGAGAAGGCGAGGCCCGUGAAGAUUGAAAGAAAUUCUUCAUCAGCAAGCAUGAAGGUUGAGAAAAGAGAUGUGGAUGUUAAAGGUCAGAGGCCUGACAGUGUCAAAAUUGAAAAGGCCACUAGUAAUGGUUCCAAAGCUCAACCUGUGAAGGUUGAGAGGGUUUCCAAAGAAGUCAGUAGAACUCCUGAUACAAAGAAGACAGCAUCUGUCCCCACUGGACCCCCAAAGCUUACAUCCCUUGUCAAAUGCAAUGAUGCUACCCGAGACAAAAUCCGGGAAUUACUUGCUGAAGCUUUCUCAAAGGUUCCUGCGGAGACUAGCAAUGAUGACCGGGAUGAAGUGAGGAGCAUCUUGGAUCAAGUAAAUGCAUGCGACCCAUUUAGAGUUGCUGUGACAGUGGAGUCCGCAUUAUUUGAGAAGCUUGGACGUUCUACUGGGGCCCAGAAGGCAAAAUAUAGGUCAAUAAUGUUUAACCUGAGAGCAGAUAACAACACUGAUUUCCGGAGAAGAGUUCUCAUUGGUCAAGUGAGGCCUGAGAGGCUUCCAGAUAUACCCCCCGAAGAGAUGGCUAGUGAUGCAAGGAAACAAGAGAACAAGCAGAUCAAGGCGAAGGCUAUGUUUGACUGUGAGCGCGGAGGAGCGCCGAAGGCAACAACUGAUCAGUUCAAGUGUGGCAGGUGUGGCCAACGGAAGACAACUUACUAUCAGCUCCAGACUCGGAGUGCCGAUGAACCGAUGACAACAUUUGUGACAUGCGUGAACUGCAACAAUCACUGGAAGUUCUGUUGAGUGCCAUCCUGCUAAAAUGUUUGCCUAGUAGUGCUGAGCACCAGACUACUAAAAUGUGUGCUCUGUUAGCUAGGGCUGUCAUUCGAAUUUGACAGGGUUGGAAUCAGUUUUUCGUACACUAGGAGCCGUUUUCUUCUUCCCUGUUUUUUUUUGGCUCUUUGCAAACCUGAUUUAUUCAGAUUGUACUAGUUGACCGCAUAAAUGUUGUUGUCUUAAUUAUCAUCAGCUUCUGUACCCAUCAGUUUUGGAUGUGGCUAUGUGGUUCAUUGUAAAUGAGAUAGCGCUCUUGUUUUACAGUUA